ACGUACUGUAUAUUAUAAGGACGGACCUUAACCACGGGGAUUAUUUAAACGCGCUGUCAACGGUAACGUUAUCCAGUUUGUGAUCACUGCUCUAUAAUUAUGGACGCUAAGAAAGUAUUUUGCUUUGUUUUUGCUGUUGUUGGUGUUCUAGCAGGCGUGUCCGAAGCAAUUAAAUGCUACGAUUGUACCUCAUUAACGGAAAACUGCAAGGAUGACUUUAAGAAGGAAGGCAUCACGAUUAAAGACAACUGCAGCGCAUGCAUAAAAUUCAAAGGAUUAAGUGAAGGGAACAAGGGCGUUGUGAGGAGAUGCUCUCCAAUCAAAGUCGGGAAGAACGAAUGCAAGGAAGUAACGUUACUAGACAUCACGAUGAUCGUCUGUGUGUGUGACAAGGACCUUUGUAAUGGAACACCGCGCGUGACCGUCACGGUCUUCACCUUGGUAACAGACGUGCUAGCCGCCUUCAAGUUGAUGUGAGGAUCAUAUGACGAGACGUGACGAGAAAUUAUAGUUCAAAUAUAAACAUUCACUUGUUCUUAGCGACAUUGAUUUUAAUACAAGUUUCCAUUCUUUCUUUGUGUACCUGUCUUGUUACGUAAAAACAACAAUUAGUAACUGCUAGUAAUUUAACUUCAAUACAUAUCAUCACACUUGUUUUAUUAUAUAUUGUUUACAAAUGAUAACUUUAUAACUUUAUUUUUGUAAUAUAUUUGCGUUUUAGAGCUUAUAUAUUGUAUGCCAUAUAUUAUUUUGAUAUAAAACCAAACUUGA